AUUGUACCUCUGUAAUUUAAGUGCUGGCACGUCUAUGAAAUGCCACUGCGCUUUAAUCUCUUUCUUCGCACGCGCUCAAGGGUGACAGGAGCAGCAAUAAACCCGCGCGUAAAUCAGUUGGAAACUUUAAUUAAUAAACAGGAACUGCGCUCUGCGCUCGCAUCACUCUGCAGCCAAACCCAAUGGACCAGGACCCCAGGACCCACACUUCCGGUUCGACUGCUCCGCUUUCCAAGGAGGACGUCCCGACUUCUGCGCCGUCAUUGGUCGAAACGUGUCCCCGGGAGGAGUGUGAGUGGUGGCGCGGGCUGUCAGUCAGUGCCAGGCAGCUGCCAGCUCUGGGAGAGGGGGGAUGUCAGAGGCUGAGCUGCCGCCUCUCUUCAGUAGCAUUGGUGGGGUUGAGCAGCCAGCAUGGCCACAGCUGCCUCCAGCCCCUAUACCCUGCUCAGCUCCAGCUCCAUGAUCCACGCGGACAGCCAGGCCAUGCAGCCUGCGAGUCCAUACAGAGCGCAUCAGAAACUCCUCCAGAGUGACUACCUGCAGAGCGUCCAGAGCAACGGGCACCCCCUCGGGCACCAGUGGGCGACCAGCCUGUCGGAGGGCAGCCCCUGGUCGACCUCCAUGGAGCAGCAGGACAUCAAACCAGGCCGGGAGGACCUGCAGCUCGGCAUCAUCCACCACCGCUCCCCGCACGUCGCGCACCACUCCCCUCAUCACAACAACCACCCGGGAGGCUGGGGGACUCCGGUUUCCCACAACAACUCCUCCAUCACCAGCGGGCAGCAGAUCAACCUCUACUCCCAGACGGGCUUCACUGUCAACGGCAUGCUGGAUCACGGCGGGCUCACACCGCCGUCCAACCCACAGGGCCAAGGCAUGCACCCGGGCCUCAGGGACACGCUCAGCCCCGAGCACAGCGACCUCGGCGGGCACCACUGCCACGACCACUCCGACGAGGAGACGCCAACCUCGGACGAGCUGGAGCACUUUGCCAAGCAGUUCAAACAGAGGCGGAUCAAGCUGGGCUUCACGCAGGCGGACGUGGGCUUGGCUCUGGGCACGCUGUAUGGUAACGUCUUUUCCCAAACCACCAUCUGCAGGUUCGAGGCGCUGCAGCUGAGCUUUAAGAACAUGUGCAAACUAAAGCCGCUGCUGAACAAGUGGCUGGAGGAGGCGGACUCCUCCACGGGCAGCUCCAGCAGUAUAGACAAGAUAGCAGCUCAGGGGAGAAAGAGGAAGAAGAGGACGUCCAUCGAGGUGAGCGUGAAGGGAGUUCUGGAGACGCACUUUCUUAAGUGUCCAAAGCCGUCCGCGCAGGAGAUCUCCUCGCUGGCGGACUCGCUGCAGCUGGAGAAGGAGGUGGUGCGCGUGUGGUUCUGCAACCGCAGGCAGAAGGAGAAGCGCAUGACUCCGCCGGGGGAGCCUCCGCCGCCUCCUCCGCACGAGGGACCCUAUUCUCACAGCGGGGGGGACGCGUCCUCGUGCCACGAUCUCUGACCGGAGGCGCGGGGGGAGGAAUACCGCGAGCGCAGAGGCUCGCGCUGGCCUCUUCCCAGCCGCGCGCCUCUCGUCUCGGCACAGACUUCUCCAGACGCCUCCCGCUCUGGAUCCCAACAGAGACACCUGCUCAGCCUUCUCUCAGUCACGGGGGCAUUUUUCUAAAAAACAAAACAAAAAAAAGACAAGAAAAAAAGUGUCUCAGUCACUUUCGGAACCCGCCGACUUCUUUUUUCUACGUCACGGAUUUAAAAAUGUGCCUAUAAUGUACCUUCCAGCGCCUUCUGCUAGUCUCCUAAAGAUGUUAACGCGGGACUGAAGCUGUUUGGGUUUCCCUCAAACAAACGCAAGGCUCUCAUCCCUCUUCCUAAUUGAUUUGUUGCAGCUCCAGGUGCUCCCAAAAACAUCUUUGAUAACAAUUUUUUUUACAACAUUAAAGCACUUGGAAGAUUUGUAUUCUUCCAUAUUCUUGUUUGUAGCUUCCGCGCAGAGUUCCAGCUUCCUUUUUUAUUCUUUUCAUUUUACUGACUCUCGACCAUAUAAACUGUGUAGACUCUGAUCCAGAGAAUUAGAAAGACCUGCCUAUAAUUUUAAUGUACGCUCAAUUCAAUAUAAACAAACAAACAAAAACAUUUUAUAAUCACAAAUAUUCCUGGAUUUGGUUUUGUUUACUUCGUAUUUGUACAGUUUUAUAUAUUAUCCCUUUUGAAGUCGUUAAUUUAAACAUUUGCUGUUAGUUAUUCAUGCACUUAAUUAGUGAUGUUUAAAGAAAAAAGCAGGAAAACAAACAAAUAAAAAAACACAGAACAUAUUUUCCAUAACGAUCGAAAUGUUUCAGCAGUUUUAUUCCAAAUUACAAUGACAGCUCGAGCAAUUAUUUAUUUUCACUAUAAAGCUUGUAUUAUGUUUUGAAAUAAUAUUAAUAAUAAUAAAAAUGUAUGUUGUAAUAAAAUGUUUUUUUUUCUCUGUUUAAAAGAGAAAUUGAUGUUUGUAAAAUUAUUAAAUAAUUUCC